CGAUAAGUACGCUUCACUAUUUCCGCUUAUAUUCUCUUUAGCUCUGACUUUGACGUUAGCAAUGUCAUUGUCAUAUUUAUUUUGCAUUGUACUGUAUAUUAAAACUUAAUCUCCUCAUAAUUAAUAAUUUAGGACGACUAACACACGAUUAAUUAGACAAAAGUGAUGGGUGGCGACUAUGAACGUGGUCGACAUAGAACCCGAAGUCGCGAAAGGCUUCGGAGUCAUGACCGGGGUCGUGAAUUUCGAGAUCAAAGUAAGGAAAGAAGUGAACGUGAUCGUAGCAGAGACCACAGCAGUAGAGAAGGAGUCGGCCAUCAUCGCAACUGGGGAAAAAGUAAAGAUGGUGAAAGCAGUCGAGAUGAGCGCACACGCUCGAGAAAUCAUGAUGAGAGCAGGUCACACUUUCGGGAGAGAGAACAUGACAGAGGACGCAGUUCCUAUAAGGAUUACAGUGGAGGAGGGCUAGGGGGUGGUUUAGGAGGAGGUGGUCCUUCAGUUAGAGGUCGGUAUAAGCCACAAGAGGAGGAAUUUUUUGAUGCUAGACGAGAAGAAAGGGAGAGGAUUGGUCAAAUUGGUGUGUCUUCUGUGUGGGGCAAGUCUCCAUUAAGAGCAGAGUCAGAGGAGGAGCAGACACAACCUGAACUCUCAAGAAGCAAUAAAGAAAAGAAAAAGAGUAAUAAAAAGUCUAAAGACAAAGACACUAAAGAAAAACUAAAAAAAUUGAAAAAGAAGUUAAAAAAAGUAAAGAAAGCAAGAAAGAAGGCUAAAAAGAAAAAAGCAAAAAGUAAUAGCAGUGAGUCCAGUUCCAGUAGUGAGGAGGAGGUGUGGGUUGAAAAAGGAAAGGAACAUGAAGUAGAAUCUGAAUUAAAGUCAUCUAAAAAGUGUGAUGAAGAGCUGGCAACUGAGGCAUUUGGCCCCACUCCUCGUGUGGGACCUGCUUUAGGUCACAAAGACUUUGGACGAGCAUUGCUGCCCGGCGAGGGAGCAGCCAUGGCUGCCUACGUCGCGGAAGGCAAGAGGAUACCGCGCAGGGGAGAGAUUGGACUUACUUCUGAUGAAAUUGCUUCCUAUGAGUCUGUUGGAUAUGUUAUGAGCGGCAGCAGGCACCGGCGCAUGGAAGCUGUGCGUAUCCGUAAGGAGAACCAGAUCUACUCGGCCGACGAGAAGCGAGCUCUCGCCGCCUUCAGCAAGGAGGAGCGCGCCAAGCGGGAGAACGCUAUCCUCGCGCAGUUCCGGGACGUACUACAGGCGCGCGGUCGCCGCGACCCCUAGCCGCCUUGUCAUUACUUCACGGAUUAAUAAACACUUUUUCAAAACUAGAACUUUAAUUUCCUUAAUUAUAUUUAAAAUACAUUUUUACUUUAUUUGGUCUACCGGUCUACUUUACAAUAUUCACAUGAAAACUGUUAUUAACCUUUUCACCGCCGAUACCGUAAUAUUACGGGCUCUGAAAUUUGUGUCCGAAUCGCCACACACGUAUAAUUACAUUAUUUUACAAAAAAAGUUCUGAUAGUGCACAAACUCUAUUUAAGUACAAAAUUUACGACAAAAUAUAGUUUUCAUUACGCGGAACGUCACUAGUAGCCGGUCGCCGUCACCGUAAUAUUACGUGCGGCCAAAGAGAUUCAAGGUUAAAUCACGCUGUAUUGUCAGUUGCCUUAGCGCCGUCAUCGUGAAAUCACGGGUAAAAAUUCAUCGCUCAAUGCAACUAGUGUUUGUAAACCUUUUCGUGUUAUUCUGUGGAACUCUAAAAUACUCUAAAUGCAAAAGAAAUCCUCUUUUCAUCUUUAAUAGCUUUUGAACUGGAUUGAGCUGGAAAUUGUACAACCGAAAAUCGGCUCUGAAGUUAAAAUGAAAAUAUUAAAUUUAAUACGACAUGCUCGUGGAGAAUUGUCAGAAUAUCAAAUUACGUGCCCAUCUUCCGAGUACUGAUUUGGUAACCAAACAGGACGUUAAAAUACUUAGUUAAUCGAUUGAAGACUGAACAUUGUUAAAUUAUUAAUUAAGUAGGUAAAUAAAACAUUUUUGACUUUUCGGCAUUUCUCUGAAUUAUUUAACCGAGAACAUCUCUACUAGUUUCAAGGGACAACGGGACUGAUUUAGGAGCAGGGUGCGCGUUGCGGCGCGUACAGCUAAUAAAUACGUAUAUAUGUACUUUUCUCAAAUCAUUAAUGUGAGUAAGUCGUUAUUUUAAAUUAAUUUAAAUAAAACAUUGAUUUUAUUUCCGGCUUUUAAUUUUUUUCUUAAAUAAAGAAUUUCUGCGUCGAUGUUAAGUGUUCCCAUCACUAUUUCAAUUUAUUUACAUAUAUGACGCGGGGCUGGAGGUAAGCAAACGUAACACGGUGAAAAGGUUUAACGAUACAUUUUCUCAGGGAAUUAACUUGAACAAAAAAAAACUAACUGCUUAGAUUAUUUCGAAAUCUUAUUUUAAGGUAAUUUUAAUUAUGUACAAGAUUCGUGUACAAUAAUAAUAUGUUAAUAUAACAUAGUUAUCACGGUAUGCUUAAGUGAGGUCCCAGAGUAGUGUGUACACUAGAAAGUUUGGUGCAGGCGCUCGAAGUGCUUGAGACGCGCGCGAGCGGCCCGCAGGUCGCGUCGCGCCGCCGCCAGCGCGCGCGUCGCCGCCGCCAGCUGCGCGCGCAACUGCGCCGGGUUAUCGCCCGCGUCGCCUGCGUCGCCUGCGUCGCCCGCCUCGCCCGCGUCCUCCGCGCCGCCCGCCAUGGUUUCCUCUGACAGUGUCGCUUCGUCUUCCCCACCGUCUAAUAAAUCGCUGCCCGCCGCCGUCCCUGCAUUCGUCGCAACCUGUAAUUUUAUUUGAAGAAUUAAUUUUUUACUCAACUUCUUUAGAUUUAUUUGAUGUUUAGUUGCAUAGAAGGUUGCGGAGAUACCUGCGCAGCUCCGGCGGUGGCGAGGAGUUUGUGGAAGUUGGACUUGUUCAUGAUGAUCUUGACCGCGGGCCGAGCGGCCGGUGACGUCACGGACGUGCCCUGCCGCACUGCCAUCCUACUUUUUGCCUUCAUUGGAACUAUUUUCGAAGGAGACACUAAUUUUGCGUCUGGAGGCAAUUGAACGAAUUUCACCUAAAAAAUUGAAAUGAUUUCUAAUUAGUGAAUACUUGUUUCAACUCGUAUGUUACUUGUAUUACCAUAAAUAAUGAAGUAAGUAUAAUGACCUGCAUGUCUUGCGGGUUAAUAAUCUUUUUAACUGGUAUCUUGUUGUCCUUGGGCAUCGCGACAAGUUUGUUGUUUAGAGUAAAUAUCUUCACACCCGGUUUCGGAGGCGACUUGACAGGCGUGGCCGUGAGUACCACCCCUUUGGGUUGCGUCGGGGCCGGCGCCGCCUUGCUGGGAGCCGGCGCCGGGGCCUCGUUGCUCUCUUUCAACAUCAACUUCCCAGCGUCUGUAAUAAAAGACCAAUAGGUCUGUCCUAUAGUGAAGUUAUUUGCUCGCAAAGCAAAGAUUUCAAUGGAUGCCCAAUCCUUCCCCUUCCCCAAUCCAUAAAUCUCCAAAUCCCUAAUCCCUAAAAGGUCGGCAACGCACUCGUAACUAGCAGCGUGAUGCCGUGCCAUUGGAUGCAAGGGUGGGAGUG